CCAGCACUGCCAUACACUUCAUGUCAGACAGCUCUCCGCUCCACACCCCUGGGUACAGCUCCCACCUCUCCCCCGGGCCGUGUCUCCGGGGAACACGUGGAUUCCCAUCAGACACUCGCAGGAUUAUCGCACUGCUGGAUACAUAGGUGCAAGUGACGGGUUUUGUUUCUUUUGUCGCAUCUCUCUACAAAUCCUUAUGGGGACAACGCCGGGAUUAUUGCGCUCAUUGCAAAAGAAAACUUUUGUUGGAAGUAUGAUCCAGUGAGACGCGCACCCUGCUGCAGAGUCCCAGCCGUGCCGGCCGGAGCUUGCUGUGUUUGUGAGUGACAGCAGACUCUUCCCUGAUGGGGCUCAUCGGGAUCUGCCCCUGCUGCACACUGCUAAGCUUUCUUCGAUAGCAUUUGCACCUGAUGGUGAUGGGAUGUGGUGAAAGGCAGGACAGCGAGCAAUGGAAGUUAUAAAUGGCGAUUUAAACAACCACUCUGAUGUGAUUCUCAAUGGGUACAUGAAUAGAAGCUUUCAGGUUUACCCCAAGGAGAAUAAUACAGACAAUAUGGCAAUUUGUGAACUUGAUCACUGUGAAGUGGGUGAGGUCUCCACCCAUCUUGAGAUGGACCAUAACACACAUAGAUAUGAAAAGAAAGCUAAAGGAACCCGCAUCUGGAGUUUUGUGAGUAGACGGAGAGCAAGCUCUGGGCGUAGCAAGAGGCCACAGUCUAUGAUUCUCACAAGUGAAAUUAGUGAGCCCAAGCCUAAGCUCUCUUUCAUGGACAAAGUUAGAUCUUUUAAAAGAUUACGUUCUGCAACUUUCUCCAAAAAUUCAGUAGUACAAAAUUCCAAACCAAAGUCCCAAAGUCAACCAUCAGAGGAUAUAGAACUUACAAUCCCAAGUGCUUUGUUCAGAACAAGGAAAUAUGCUGAUGGACAAAGACCAUACAGACAUUCCUAUGCAGGUUAUAUUGAUGACCUAGACUCCUCUUUUGAAGAUGUAGAAUUAAAUAUUAGCAUCUCUGAAUGUAUAUCUACUGAGAACAAAUGGUUAAGGGAUAUCAGUGUUGGAAUGAAUGGCAAAACUGAACUUAUGGACAAUGAAAGCAUGGGUAGCAGUCGUAGGCAUGCACUUAUGGGCACUAAGAGCUCAACUAUUGCUGAAGGAGAACUUCAAAGAAGAGGACUCAAAAUUCCCCCAGAACAUCGCAGGGGCAGAAGUUCAGAUAUGUGGAGCUAUCUAAAAGGGAUUUCACUUGCCAGCAAAGAUAACUCAAAGGGACUUGAUAAAAUUCCACAUAAUGCAUUCCAAAACAUAGAGAACACAACAGAACAUUCUGCCUCUGCUGAAACAGAUCAAAGGUUUGAGGACAGUGUUGAUGUGGGUAAAGCAUCUGAUACUGCCAGUGGAGGCAAAUCCAAAAACUUUGGUGGGGUCUUUAAGUUUUUCAGUAACAUGGCAGUAGCAGCUAGAAAAUGGAGAGGCUCUUCCAGGUCUUCUACAUCAGAGGAUCAGGUUUCUCAGUCAACUCCACGCACUGCCAGAUUACUGAACUCCUCUCUUAAAGAACCUCUGGUCAUUGAAAAUGAGAACGCUUUGACUUUUUCUUCAAAACUCCCUCAAUCUCCCGAUUCAGGCAGCUGGGAGAAUCAUGCCCAGGAUAAUCUAUUAGUUCAGGACAUGUCACUCCUUCCAGCAGCAAAAGUAGAACCAGAUGACCCAGUGUGCAAAGUUGCACAAACAAUUGAUGAUACAAUACACGUGCAUAGCACCUGUUGCAUGGAUGAAGGUCAUCAAGAAUCUUCAAAAGCAAAAUUUUUAUUGUCACAGGCUGUGGAACAGCCUAGCACCAAUGGUUCUUAUAUGAGCUCAGAUACUUCAUCAGAUAAUUCUCAUGAAGAAACUAUAGAUGAGUCACAGCUGGAUAGUGUUUUUGAAGGGAAUCCUGAAAACUCUUUUAUGUCUCAAUCAAGUCUCCCUGAAACACAAGAUGAGGAUGUAUUUGAAUGCAGUGAAUCUCAUUUUAGUUUGUCAGCAACAGCUUCAUCUUGUGAAGAAGAGGAACAAUGGCACAAUGGACUUGAUACUUCAAGAGAGGAGGAAAUGCCAAUCCCAUUUGGUGUCACAGGGUUGAGUCAAGGGCAGAACAUAGAUAUUUUGCAGACAGCAUCUGAAGAAGAUGAGCCAAUACCUAGUAAACAUGAUACCGGUGCUAAUGAUGUCUCAGACAGCGACACCAGCAUUGCCAGUAACUCUGAUGCAGACCAGAAAAUCAAUGGGUUUGGCAAAACUGUGCCUCUAUCUUCUGGUCUAAUAACCAAAGAUCAAAACAUCCUUCCGCCUUUGCGACUGCCUCCCACUCCACUCACAGUGCCCCCAUCAUUCAAGUUCCCUCUUGACAGAUGUGUGUCGCUACCUCUGUCCCAAAGCACCCCAUCUGGGCUUGAUCAAGUUGGAUGGAUGAAAAGAAAACAAAUGAGCACAGAUGAAGGAGAAGCUGAUCUAGGCUCAAAGACUCUGGAAGUCCGGAGAGACAGCAGAAAGGGAAGAAGCAGAUGGAAGGCUUUAAAUCCUGGAUCACAUCAGCUGCCAGUACACCAGCUGAUCAGCGGUGGAUCUAUUGUAAGUGCUGAGGCAGCAUGGGAUCACGUCACCAUGGCCAACCGGGAGUUGGCGUUUAAAGCCGGAGACGUCAUCAAGGUCCUGGAUGCUUCCAACAAGGACUGGUGGUGGGGUCAGAUCGAUGACGAGGAAGGAUGGUUUCCGGCCAGCUUUGUGAGGCUCUGGGUAAACCAAGAGGAUGGCGUGGAGGAAGGGACCAGCGAAGUGCAGAAUGGGCACCUGGACCCAAGUUCCGACUGCCUGUGUAUUGGCAGAACCCUCCAAAACCGGGAUCAGAUGAGAGCCAAUGUGAUCAAUGAAAUCAUGAGCACAGAACGUCAUUACAUCAAGCACUUGAAGGAUAUCUGUGAGGGUUAUUUAAAGCAGUGCAGGAAGCGGAGAGACAUGUUCAGUGAUGAACAGUUGAAGGUCAUCUUUGGGAACAUUGAGGACAUCUACCGGUUCCAGAUGGGCUUUGUCAGAGAUCUGGAGAAGCAGUACAAUAAUGAGGAGCCACAUCUCAGUGAAAUAGGACCAUGCUUUCUAGAACACCAAGAUGGGUUCUGGAUCUACUCUGAGUACUGCAAUAACCACUUGGAUGCCUGCAUGGAGCUCUCUAAGCUGAUGAAGGAUGGCAGGUACCAGCAUUUCUUUGAAGCAUGCCGACUACUGCAGCAAAUGAUCGAUAUUGCUAUUGAUGGUUUCCUUCUGACACCUGUGCAGAAGAUCUGCAAGUACCCGCUUCAGCUGGCUGAGCUACUAAAGUACACAGCACAGGACCACAGCGAUUACAGAUACGUGGCAGCAGCUCUCGCUGUCAUGAGGAAUGUCACUCAACAGAUCAAUGAGCGGAAGAGGAGACUGGAAAAUAUUGACAAAAUCGCACAGUGGCAAGCGUCAGUCCUGGACUGGGAGGGGGAUGAUAUCCUGGACAGAAGCUCAGAACUAAUCUACACUGGGGAGAUGCAAUGGAUUUACCAACCGUAUGGACGCCAACAGCAGAGAGUAUUCUUCCUAUUUGAUCACCAGUUGGUUCUAUGUAAAAAGGACCUGAUCCGGAGGGACAUCCUUUACUACAAGGGUCGCAUGGACAUGGAUAAAUUUGAGGUUAUAGAGGUGGAUGAUGGACGAGAUGAGGACUUCAAUGUGAAUGUGAAGAAUGCCUUUAAACUGCAUAACAAGGAAACCGAGGAAAUGCACCUUUACUUUGCCAAGAAGCUAGAGGAGAAGCUGAGAUGGCUGCGUGCCUUCCGGGAAGAGAGGAAGAUGGUGCAGGAAGAUGAGAAGAUUGCUGGAGUCAGUUGCCCCCGCUCAGUCCCUCCAGCAUAUCCGCCGCCUCAGGAGCCAGGGGCCAUCCAAGGACAGUAUAUGGUGACCGAUGGCAUAUCACAACCACAAGUUUUCGAGUUCACUGAACCCAGGAGAAGUCAGUCCCCAUUCUGGCAAAACUUCAGCAGGUUGACGCCUUUCAAAAAAUAAUACAGAAAUAUAAAUAUAUAAAUAUAUAUUGAGAAAGGAAUAUUAAAAUAAAAAAAGAAAUUAUAUUUAUAGAUGGACCUUUUUUCGGAGAAGCACUGUUGCAACUAUACUAUGAAAGGACCAAAAAAAAAAAACAAGACAGGAAAACGAACUUUAAACUGUUUUUUUCCUUAGAAAAAAAAAUCUUUUUUUUUUUUUCCGUCGGACAACAGGAACUGCUCUGCUUUUGAAAAGCUCCAUGAAGCAAUUUCUCUCUCUGAAGAGUUCAUUCAUGGUCACAAGACUUUCGUUGUUUCUUUCCUUGGACUCUGGGACCUCUCUUGCUUUCCGUGUUAGUGACCACUAAUGUUUCUGGGGUGUCUGGUUACCAGUGGAAAUUGCACAUUUUGCUUAUAAGAACAUUCUCCCUAAUUCAGGGGGCAAAUACAGUGGUUAAUGGAAAGCGCUCUAAAGAAAAUACACAUCCUGCUUUCAUUUCACGAUAUUCACACAACCACAUUUAGGAACACCUGCAGAUCCAGAGGGAUUGUCAGCUCGUUUCUUUGUCUCCCUGGUCCUGAAGGUGUUGUCCUUGUCACAUUCACACAUGAGAGCAACCGUUCUGUCCCGUUCUCAACAAAGCACUGCGGCACAAGCAGCAAAAGGGAGCGUUUACAGUCUAGUUAAAGGUUAUAUGGAAGUAGAUGCAGAGCUUUGGAAAGGAGCGGAAGGACAGCACUACAAGCUGCCUGUGCAUUUUGAAUUACUAUUCUUUAAAUUUGUUUUCAUUCAGAAGGGUAUACAGAAGCAGGAACAGACGAAAUGAGCUUCUCGCUUGUCUAUCAAUCAUCCCACUGAUUUAGCAGUGCCAGAGCUCUGUAGUUCCCAGUGAGUCUGCUUGGUAUCUAUUGCUUUACCUGUUCUGUAUAUGUUCUGGAAUACGGAUGAAAGUCCAUGACACAGGGAUUGCUACAUUUUAUAACAUUGGGAAUAUUUAUUUUUUCUUCUUUCCAAAGAUUUUUUUUCUCCCUAAUUUUAGUUUAUUUGCUCCCAUACAAUGCUGUCACUCCACUUUUCUAAGUGAACAAACUGGCACAAUUUUAUUUCUAUUGCCAUUAGUUGUUGUUUUUAUUUGGGGUCACUGUGAGCUUUGUAACUAAAAGACCAUGUUAAAACAUCUGCUGCUUGAUAUCCUUACACUCUUGGUAUACUUAAAUGCUGCAUGCUCUUUCUGCGCAGGUGAAACCCAAAGCCAUGUUUGAGUGGGGAAUCCAGCCACACAGUUAGUGGAAUAGUUCCUUGUCAAAAUGGCAAUAACGUCUGUGGUGUUAAAUCCCUGAGGCUCUUUGUGUACUGUGUAGAGCACUUUAGCCGGAAGGGCAGCAGCGCACUGUAAUAAUGGCUGUCAGUCUUGGUGCUGGCUGGAGGUAUAAAUAUGUCAUGACAAGUAUUACAUACUGAUUCAUUUAGCAUCCUAUAGGCGUCUCUGUAAAUUCACAUUUACAAGUACUUUUAAAGCUGUUACAUUCUCUUUGCCAAUUAUAACACCAGUCAUCACUAGAACUCCUCUUCUUAUCUUCCUUGCUUUUUUUUUUUAACUAGCAAUUACAUUAUUUUGCUCAAAAUAUUUGAACACUAUGUCCUUACUGUAUAUUUCUCCUGUCUGCUAUAUUUUCCUUUGGUUCUAGUGUUUAAUAUGCUGUGGAGUGCAUCUUCCCAUUCUGCAGACUGUAUGGACUCAUUCAUUUAAAUGGGUCUGUAUGCCCCUGAGUAUAGAGGAAGACGGCGUCAGAGCUUAUUAAACAGUUGCCUUUGUUUCAUCUCUUACAUUGCUUUCCCAAGGUGCUUCUGUCCUUUUGUUUGUAGAAUCCGGCUGGUUUAUCCGCUCCCCAUCAUCUUGCUACACUCUCUUCCUGGAACACUUUGAUGAUGGAGUCUCCAAGCUCACAACUGCCAGCUGUACCCACCUCUCACUGUGCCGUAAGAUCCCUGUGCCAGGUUCCUUGGGACUGGCUCUUUAUAGACCACCAGCAGGAAAUAAAAGCAAAUUAUUUCA